UCGAAAUAAAUGCCCUAAAAUUUGGCAAGUUCACUUUGAAGAGUGGAAUAGAAUCUCCAGUUUACUUUGAUCUCAGAGUAAUUGUGUCUUAUCCUGAAAUAAUGAAAAAAGUUUCAGAUCUCCUGUGGGAUUCAGUUGGCGCUGAUAUAGAAUUCAGGCAUUUAUGUGGCGUGCCAUACACUGCAUUGCCUCUAGCUACCUGCAUGGCUGUGAAUUACAACAAACCAAUGUUGAUUUGCAGAAAAGAAGCUAAAGACUAUGGAACUAAAAAGAUGAUUAAAGGAAUUUUUGAAGGAGGAGAUAAAUGCUUGAUUGGAGGAUGUUGUCACAAGUGGGACCAGUGUCAUGGAAACGGCAGAAAUGAUACCUCUGAUCAACUUUGGAGUUUAGAGAAGAUGCAGGCAUAUUUUACAUUGGUAACAUCUGUGGAGCCUACUAUGACAGAAGAUGCAACAAUUGUGUUAUCAAGAUAUUAUCAAGCUCAACGCAAGGCAGAUCAACGAAAUGCGGCACGUACAACGAUACGUUUAUUGGAGAGUAUGGUUCGUUUGUCACAAGCUCACGCCAGGCUUAUGUAUCGAGAUGAAGUGCGAGUUUGCGAUGCAGUCGUGGCCGUCAGUGUGAUGGAGUCGAGCAUGUAUGGGGCUGCAUUACUGGGAGGAAUCAAUUCAUUGCAUACAUCCUUCCCAGAAGACCCAGAACAAGAAUACAAGGUGCAGGCUGAGAUGAUCUUGACGCAUUUAGAGCUGCAUGACAUCUUAUCUGUAGAGAUGGAACGACUCUCACGCCAAGAAUCUGAAGGAAAAGAAUGUUUGUUGCGAAAAAAUGAAAGCAUUCUGGAACAAAAAGCUAUAAGCAUACUUGAUAACAGCAACGAACACGAAAGCAUGCAGGAACAAGCUGAGAUGAUCUUGACGCAUUUAGAGCUGCAUGACAUCUUAUCUGUAGAGAUGGAACGACUCUCACGCCAAGAAUCUGAAGGAAAAGAAUGUUUGUUGCGAAAAAAUGAAAGCAUUCUGGAACAAAAAGCUAUAAGCAUACUUGAUAACAGCAACGAACACGAAAGCAUGCAGGAACAAGGUACAGUGAACUUACUUGAUAACAGCAACGUUAAUGAAAGUAUACAGGACCAAGACACGGUAAACUUAUUUGAUACCAGUGAAGAAAAUGAAUUUAAUGAAUCCUUACGCAGUUCACAUGAUCGUUCAGACAUUGGAAGUGCAGAACACAAAAAAAGACUGAUAGAUACAGAUGGAAAUAAAGAGGACAACGUUCUGGUAACUGUUACCAAUGAAAACUCAUUACGUAAAUGUCAAAAGGAUUCCAUCGAAAAUGAUGCACAAAAGGAUUCCACCGAAAAUGAUGCAUGUGAUUGCCCUACUGAUGGCACAGAUGAUUUUCUUGCAAACGAUGAUUUUUCUUGA